CAUUGUGUGUCCAGAAAAAAACUGGAACCUGCACCCACGCUAGAAAUGUCGGCUAAACGAAGUUAUCGAACUUGAACGAAGUUACUAGACAUAAAAUAGCGGCAUAUCGCUAAUCACCGGAAUCGCAGCUAUUGCGUGUCGUUAUUUGUAUCCUGUUUCUUUGUAUGUUGUUGUCGCUUUCAAACAACCUGGUACAAUGUUGCCGACUUCACGUGGAUUUAAUAUUAUCCUUGCCUAUAUUAUUACCACAACCUCGGCGAACGUACAAGGACGUCGGAUGGCCGGCUACAGCGACACAGCAGUAGAUUAUGCCAUCCAGCCGGGAAUCUCGCUGAACCAUCGCCCGCGGUACGCGUAUCAGUCAGCAAAAACCCCACUCAAAGUUCCCCAAUGGACUCCGGCAACCGCGCCCUACCACGUCGCUCCCGGAUCGGGUGACGGACCAGCACCAUGGCGAGGCCAGCACGUUUACACCCCGAAAAGCAACUGCAGCCAAUGCAUCCAGCCCACGCCCACCAGCAGCUCCACGACCGUAGCGUCAUCUACUUGUCACGCCCGAACCUUCUGGCGCAAGAUCACCGAAACGCUGACGACAUGCUCCGACCAGGUUUGCGCACCCACCUGCCUGAGCCUGGCCACGGCGUUACCGCAGACCAUCGUGGAGGCUAUGUGUGUCCGUACAAUACAGACGACCUACACAACAGAACUACUCGAGCAACCUGUGUCUACGCCACCCCCAACAGAUGCCCCGACUGGAUUCGCUGUCCCAGGCGGGGUUUUUUCCGAGCCAGGGCUGAUUGGGGAUAGGAAUGCUCUUGUCCGGCGUCGCAGAAAGGUGGACGUAGAGACACUAGUGGAUUGUUCAGUGGCAACGUCACCGUGCGACAUCAUCACCAUCCAGACGCCGGCACUGGGCAGCGGGGUGACGCUGUCGUCCGACGGCAAUCCCUGCUACAGCAUCACCGUGACACCCACCGUGACGCAGAAGGACACCUGCACCCUGGACGUGCAAGUAACCUCCUACGGGAUAGGGGUCGGCACUAUGGAGAACGGUGUUCCAACGCUGGCCACGGUGGUAGUGGAUCCGGUGACAUCUAGCGGGACGACGUGCACUCUCUAGUAACGCUGUGCACUUUCAAAAUCCGUUAAUUUUAUUUAGUGGACUCGACUCUCCUGCCUCAGGCUCGCUGUGUGUUUGCUUAUUGUCUUGGCCACGUGUUUUUAGCAUCGAGAACACUGUCUUGACUGAUGAACAGGCCGGGUAAUUUUACAUGGGUUCCUCUUAUAAAAAGUAUUAACUGA